GAGAAAAUUCAGUGUGAGGAUUGUGGUGUCACUGUCGAGAAACAUGGUGGUCGGAAGUGCUUUGGGAGCGUUUGCAGUGGCAAGGCCUUCCUCGCCACUUUUUUUGUUAAGAGGACAAACGGCUUUCAAAUUCAGACCCCUCUCAUCUUCUUCUUUUGGUGCUGCACCUUCUAGAAAGCUCGUCCUCUACUCCAAACCCGGUUGCUGUUUGUGCGAUGGCCUCAAAGAGAAGCUUCAAGCUGCAUUCUUACUCUUGGGCACUGAUUCACUUCACGGCGUUGAUUUGCAGAUAAGGGAUAUAACUACCAAUCCUGAGUGGGAAAACGCUUACCAAUAUGAGAUACCUGUGUUGGCUAAAGUGCUUUCCGAUGGCACCGAGGUGGCUUUACCGCGAUUGUCCCCACGUCUAGGAGUGGAGCUCCUCCAGAAAAAGAUAGCUGCUGCUCUGAGUCAACAAUAAAAGGCGUUUGUUUGUUUUGUAACCUUACAUUUAAGUAUUUAACACCAUUUCGUGUAAAUUAUAUUUGUAGACUUCCAUUUUUUUUUAAAAUGUUGUGUAUUGAAUAAAUUAAUUUCAAAAUAUUGCAAUACAAACUGAACCCGAUCAAGAACUCCA